GGAAGGAAGAGGAGGCGGGAUCCGGGCGCUGCGUUGGCUGAGGCCUGGCACCAAAGGGGCGGCCCCGGCGGAGAGCGGACCCAGUGGCCUCGGCGAUUAUGGACCCAGCCGAGGCGGUGCUGCAAGAGAAAGCACUCAAGUUUAUGUGCUCUAUGCCCAGGUCUCUGUGGCUGGGCUGCUCCAGCCUGGCGGACAGCAUGCCUUCGCUGCGAUGCCUGUAUAACCCAGGGACUGGCGCACUCACAGCUUUCCAGACGUACAAUAGCUGUGCCAGACUCUGCUUAAACCAAGAAACAGUAUGUUUAGCAAGCACUGCUAUGAAGACUGAGAAUUGUGUGGCCAAAACAAAACUUGCCAAUGGCACUUCCAGUAUGAUUGUGCCCAAGCAACGGAAACUCUCGGCAAGCUAUGAAAAGGAAAAGGAACUGUGUGUCAAAUACUUUGAGCAGUGGUCAGAGUCAGAUCAAGUGGAAUUUGUGGAACAUCUUAUAUCCCAAAUGUGUCAUUACCAACAUGGGCACAUAAACUCGUAUCUUAAACCUAUGUUGCAGAGAGAUUUCAUAACUGCUCUGCCAGCUCGGGGUUUGGAUCAUAUUGCUGAGAACAUUCUGUCAUACCUGGAUGCCAAAUCACUAUGUGCUGCUGAACUUGUGUGCAAGGAAUGGUACCGAGUGACCUCUGAUGGCAUGUUAUGGAAGAAGCUCAUCGAGAGAAUGGUCAGGACAGAUUCUUUGUGGAGAGGCCUGGCAGAACGAAGAGGGUGGGGACAGUAUUUAUUCAAAAACAAACCUCCUGAUGGAAAUGCUCCUCCCAACUCUUUUUAUAGAGCACUUUAUCCUAAAAUUAUACAAGACAUUGAGACAAUUGAAUCUAAUUGGAGAUGUGGAAGACAUAGUUUACAGAGAAUCCAUUGCCGAAGUGAAACAAGCAAAGGAGUUUACUGUUUACAAUAUGAUGAUCAGAAAAUAGUAAGCGGCCUUCGAGACAACACAAUCAAGAUCUGGGAUAAAAACACACUGGAAUGCAAGCGAAUUCUCACAGGCCAUACAGGUUCUGUCCUGUGUCUCCAGUAUGAUGAGAGAGUGAUCAUAACCGGAUCAUCGGAUUCCACAGUCAGAGUGUGGGAUGUAAAUACAGGUGAAAUGCUAAACACAUUGAUUCACCAUUGUGAAGCAGUUCUGCACUUGCGUUUCAAUAAUGGCAUGAUGGUGACCUGCUCCAAAGAUCGUUCCAUUGCUGUAUGGGAUAUGGCCUCCCCAACUGACAUUACCCUCCGGAGGGUGCUGGUCGGACACCGAGCUGCUGUCAAUGUUGUAGACUUUGAUGACAAGUACAUCGUUUCUGCAUCUGGGGAUAGAACUAUAAAGGUAUGGAACACAAGUACUUGUGAAUUUGUAAGGACCUUAAACGGACACAAACGAGGCAUUGCCUGUUUGCAGUACAGGGACAGGCUGGUAGUGAGUGGCUCAUCUGACAAUACUAUUAGAUUAUGGGACAUAGAAUGUGGUGCAUGUUUACGAGUGUUAGAAGGCCAUGAGGAAUUAGUGCGUUGUAUUCGAUUUGAUAGCAAGAGGAUAGUCAGUGGGGCCUAUGAUGGAAAAAUUAAAGUGUGGGAUCUUGUGGCUGCUUUGGACCCCCGUGCUCCUGCAGGGACACUCUGUCUACGGACCCUCGUGGAGCAUUCCGGAAGAGUUUUUCGACUCCAGUUUGAUGAAUUCCAGAUUGUCAGUAGUUCACAUGAUGACACAAUCCUCAUCUGGGACUUCCUAAAUGAUCCAGCUGCCCAAGCUGAACCCCCCCAUUCCCCUUCUCGAACAUACACCUACAUCUCCAGAUAAAUAACCAUACACUGACCUCAUACUUGCCCAGGACCCAUUAAAGUUGCGGUAUUUAACGUAUCUGCCAGUACCAGGACGAGCAACAACAGUAACAAUCAAACUACUGCCCAGUUUCCCCGGACUAGCUGAGGAGCAGGGCUUUGAAACUCCUGUUGGGACACAGUUGGUCUGCAGUCGGCUCAGGACGGUCUACUCAGCACAGCUGACUGCUUCAGUGCUGCUAUCAGAAGAUGUCUUCUAUCUUUUGUGAAUGAUUGGAACUUUUAAACCUCCCCUCCCCUCCUCCUUUCCCUUCUGCACCUAGUUUUUUCCCAUUGGUUCCAGACAAAGAUGACUUAUAAAUAUAUUUAGUGUUUUGCCACAAUCUCUCUUGCUUUGCCAUUAAGCAGAAGAACUAGUUUCCCUGUAUAGCCUGCUGGGAAAGACCCACUUCUAGGGGAUUGGGGGGAUGCAGCUUCAAGCCAGAUAGUGCCCAGUGUCUCCCUGUUAAUGCAGGAAUGCAAAGCACCUGGCCAGAGCAGCACAGCCCCACUGUGCUUAAGAGGAGACAGAGCUCUCUGUAUAGCCUCUGGGGCAAAAAAAAAAAAUAGAAAACAGGAGUGUAUACACUGGAAGAUCUGGGCCUCCUGCCUGCCUUCUCUUUGUUUCUGUUCCUCUUCCCUUCUACUUUCCCACUCCCCUUCAACAACUCUUUUCUCUCUCUGCUCCACCUGAGAAGAAAGUAUAUGAAGAGAAUGUCCUCCUUUAGCAUGAGGCAGAUAAGCCAGAAAAUGCAACACUUGCAAGAGUUAAAUGCUGUUCAGUCAAGAUUUCAGACCCAGGCCUUUGCUGCAAGUGACCCUGUGGCAACAGUGGAUUCUCAGACAUAAUACUCUCAUCGUAUUUGCAACUCUUCCCUCUCCUUCCCCACACCCAAGAGGAGGAUGGGUGGGUGGGGGAAGCAGAAGUUUCCUGGGCUCCAUCAAUGGCUGUAUCUUUUCUGGACUCAGCAGUCUCCUUGAUUCCAUGUAGAGUGUGGAAAGGAGUUGCUGAUUGCAUUUCCUCUCAUUAACAAUUAGGUGUGUAAUAAAAAGCAUUGUACUAGAUCUUAAAUCACUAGUAAGGCUCAGCCUACAGAAAGGUUUGAAAUGGCCAAAGCCAGUCGCUUGGUGCAUUCUACAUAAUGGUUUCCAUCUCCGAUUUCCUCAUCAGGGCCUGUGAGUACCCAGGUGACUGUAUCUUUGCCAAUACCAUGAUCAAAGUAGCUUAAGAGAGAUGGUCAGGAGAAAACUGAUUUUUUUUUUUUUUUUUUUUUUUGCCAGUAAAUAUCAUCUCUCAAAAAUUGAUCUCACCAUGUGAACCUUGCACUGCAGAAUCUUCCUUCUGCUUCUCCCACACCCAGUGUUUGCAGAAGGGCAAAGCUGCCCAAGAGAGAGGAUCAGGGUGAAGUUUGGCACACAGGGUUUAUUAAUGGGGCAAAAACUGCCUUUUCUUCCUCCUCCUGACCUUAUUUUGCUCUUCACUCUCCCCAUCCAGUAAAAUGUCUGUGGCAAUAGGUGAACAACAUAAACAGCUGGACCUCAGCAAAGGCCAGGCAAACCUGGCCACUCGGAAGGUAGCUGUGUGAGCUGCCAUGCUAGUGGGCUUCAGGUGCAAGGGCACCUGUGCCACAGCAACCUGGGAGCACAGAGAAUACUAUUCAUGUGCACCCAGCUGGUCUCCCCAGGCAGGAGUGGACCUGCAUGAGCUAUCUCUGGUAGUAUAGGGUGCACCCUGGUUGGCAAGAAGGUAUCCUCUUCCCAAGGUGUACCCAGACUGAAUGUUGUUACUGCAUAUUGAGAGGCAGUUUAUGCAUAUGCAUUCUACCUUUCCUGCUUUAUGGGUAUUUUAAGCUUUUAGUUCCAGGUUAUAUUGAGAAAAUAUUUCCCAGCGUAAUGAUACAUCAUUGUCUAGGAAAUAUUUUCUCAAUAUAAUUCCCUUCCCCACUACUCAGAUGCUACAGAGAAAUGUUUUCUACUUGACCACUAUCAGGGUUCCUCAUCUGUUGUGUUGACUAUUAAUAGUUUUUUGAUUGCAUAAGGAUUUUGCUGUAGAUGAAGGGAGAGGGCUGUCAGCCCUGAAAAACACAUAGGUCAGAUAUUUAAAAGGCAUGGGUUUCGAGCUGUCUCAAAAUAUUGUCCAAUAGCCAUAACUUUACUAGCCCUUCUGACAUAUGCUGCUGUUACAAAGUGGAAGCUGUUGAAUGUUUAUUGGUGCCCAGGGUUUUGCUCUCCAGUCUAGGUUCAGUUGAAAGAAUAUUGUUUCUAAGACUAUUUUGAAACAUGUCCAGUACAUCACAGAGGAGAUCCAGGUGGACCCUGCAGAUGUGGAGCCGUUAGCCCAGUUGAGGAUAUCCUCCAAGUUAUCCUCUCUGCUGCUGAUGGAAAUGGGAAUGAAGUUAAGUGGUCUGAAAAACUUGAAUCGUUCACAUUUCUCAGCUCUGGGGGUCAUUUACCAGUUCAUUGUAGAAGAAAUAAUCAGGUAAGUAAAAGUUCAUUUCCAGAGAACGUAAACCCUACUUACUAUCUCUGCAUGAUUUCAGUUGGAAUUGAUUAUCACUAAUCCCCAACUGGGCUAAAAUAAAUGUAAAGUUUGACCUUUUAAAACAAAAAGAGAGACAAAGUCUCAGCACAUUCCAAGGAGUGGUAGAAACAGAGCUGAAGGUGUCCCCAUUGUAGAUUAGUCUCUUCUCACUAAAAUUUACUUUCCAACAUAGGGCCUAAAGGAAACCUUUCUUAAAGACAAGCUGAAACCCCUUGGAAGGCAGGUGAGGAGGUGUGCAUGUACCUGUUACAGACACGUGACCUCUUGGUGCACACUGGGGCUACUUGGACAAGACCAGCAUGCCUCGUUGCACGUGUUUGUAUUUCACUGCUGAGAACAUCCUUUUCUGUAUGCAGUCUGAAAGGAUGUGAAUUACAGAUGGAAGGCCAUUGCACUUGUCCCUUGACAAAAUUCUUUCUGGUGUCUGCUAACUUUAGACACAGGAACUCUUUUUGGAUCUCUACUGACAAGUAAUAAAGUCCGGCCCUCAUAACUUGUUUCCGAGCUAGAAAAGACUGUGAGACCCCUAAUUUUUUUUUUUUUUUUUUUUUUUUUUGGCUUGAGUAAAAACAGUCCUUUUUUAUUUUUCUUCUGUAUAGUCUAAAGCUACAGAGGAAAAAAAACUGCAGUCUCCCCUUGCCAACUCCUGGUACCAUUGGUCUGAAGAGCUGUAGUUGGUCUACUUAGCACUUGAUUGUGUGGGGAAACAAAGGUGGAAGGGGUGGGGAAUACUGGAAGUAAUCAGGGCAAUUUUUUUCUUUCCUAGAAUUGGAUUAGAUACCUUGGUACAGUUGACCUCCUCAGCAUUUCCCUUUUGCCUUAGAUGGCAACACCCUCCAGCCUGAAGCAGAGCAAUCCAACCCAGAUUAGUGCAGCCCUGAGGCCUAGGCUGCGGCCUCCCUGGUCUUCCUCCAUACAGCUGACACCAACAGACAGACCUCCUUACUUUAACCACAGUGUCAACAUAGCAUCAGAAAGAGAGCAUCUCUUAAGGGAAUAAAACUGAGUUUUGCUUCUUUACCUGUAGUUCAUCUGUGGUGUCAGAAUCCUUGGAGCCGAAGAGAGAAAUCAAAAGAGCAUGAUGAUGGUGGCCUGGUUUCAGGUGGAACUUAAUGCAUUGAUCUUUAGAAAUCCCUUCUGUUGAAAGUUGAGUACCUAUGAUCUAAAAUGUCCUGGAGGCAGAUGACAUCUAAAAUAUGUGCUUUCCAACCAGCACAGCUGGCGCUCUUAGCUCCUGAUUGGUUGUGUGUGUGUUGUAUUAAGGAUCGGUGUAGUAAGUUGUAUUUUAAAGUGUUACCUCCCCUCCUAACCCUUCCCCUUCUUGGACACUGAGGGAAAAGACCAACUAGGACAUUAGGCCUCUGGGCACCAAGGAAACGAACAGCUUUCUCAAAGCAGUGACCACUCAAGCCCAACCCAGACAGCUCUGAGGGAUGGCUAGUGAACUCCAACUAUGGGACAGGCCUGGCAACACGUGGGCUUCCCCAAGAGCUGUCAGCUGGUUCAGCUCUUUUGUUCUCUAGACUCUUAAGUACUGACUGCUUUGACUUUUGUGAUUAUGUUAUGGUGAUGUGUAGUCAAUGUACCAAUAUGUUCACAACCUAGGAUCAUGAUAAUAGAGUGCGUUUUGGUUUUUUUUUUUUAAACUGUUCAGAAAAAAAGUAACUUAAAUCACAAAUAUAAGAUUAAAGUGAAUUUUCUAA